UCGACUCGACUCGACUCUCACCUCCCCACGGCGGCGUGGCCAGCGGUGCUGAGCCUGGAGGGAGCUGGGCGGGGACAAGGAGGAGGGGCCGGCGUGGGACUCCCCGCGGAGGGCGCCACGCCCGCGGUCCGUUCCACAGGGCUACCCGCGGAGCAUGGCCGGCAGAGGCACUAGCAGCGGCCCACAGCCCUCCGCCGUGGCGCAGCCGCUCGCCGGCGGUCACUUGUACCCCUUCGUGAGCGCGGAGAGCGAGGGGACCGAAGAGGAGGGUGAGCUGUCGGAACUGCGGCCGCGGGGCAGGGAGAAGGUCCGGCGGAGCGCGUCGAGGGACAGACUGGAUGAUAUAGUCCUGCUGACGAAGGACAUCCGGGAAGGGGACACGCUGAACGCUAUCGCGCUGCAGUUCUGCUGCUCCGUUGCAGAUAUCAAGAGAGUUAACAAUCUUAUCAACGAUCAAGAUUUUUUUGCCCUGAGGUCUGUCAGAAUUCCAGUGAAAAAGUUCAGUGUAUUGACUGAAACCCAUAUAUCUCCAAAAGGAAGACCAGCUCUUCGGCCUGCUCUGUGUUCCCCAGAAGUACAGGAAACAUCUCUUUGUGAUAAAUUCUCUGCUAAUGAGACUGCUGGCAACUUCUUAAAAGAAGUCGAUCGAGAUAUAGAGGAAAUAGUUAAGUGUAAUGAUACAAAGAGAGAGAAUCUGAAUGAAGUUGUUUCUGCUUUAGCAGCCCAACAGAUCUGUUUUGAAACUGAUGGUAAAACUAAAAAAUGCAAGGAUCCUUACUAUGGAGCAGACUGGGGUAUAGGAUGGUGGACAGCAGUAGUGAUUAUGUUGGUUAUUGGCAUAGUAACUCCAGUUUUUUAUCUCCUGUAUUAUGAAGUUCUAGUGAAAGCAGAUGUCAGUCACCAUUUUCCAAUGGAAUCUUCCCAUUUGUUUGUCACAGCAGUAUCACAUCAGAAAGAAACAGAAAAUGGAAUAAAUCCGACAAAUAUUAUGAAAGUUGAUAAUCAAGGAGACCUUCAGCAUUAAUAGUGGAAGACCCCAGGCAACUGUUAUUUGUAGAUAUGUAACAUAACCUUAGAUAAAGGGGUAUCCACAGAAUGCAAAAUGCACUUGGAAUGCAGAGAAGUGUACUGAUGUGUGACUUGCCUUUAUGGGCAGUGUUCCACUACAAGGAUAUUUCUGGGGAUCACAUAAUCUCUGAAUCUGCCUGAGACAGACAACUACCAAAAUUGGGGUGUAUAUUAAGGGAUGAAGUCAUCUCUGAAGCUUUGCACAUUUUUGUAUUUUGAUAGGCGUGUUUCUUAGUUAAUGAUGAGGUGAAAAAAUAUAUUUCAAACUAACACACAAGGAGUCUGUGUGUUUUACAGCCCAGAAGUGGGCAUAUGGGGAUAGCAAGCUUUUAAAUAUCUGAAAGGAUUUACAGACUUCAUAGUACACUUGACAUUUUAAUAUCAGGUUUACAGUUCUAAGUUAAAGUGGUGUUCUCAUAAUUUAAUCUUUCUUAUAGAAUAAGAUUUCUUUUAAAACUCAGUCAUUCCGUAAUUAAUAGCCAGUAUGAAGUUCUUUUUUACAGAGGCAGUAGCAAACACUUAAACUGGAAUCUUGAAAUCUUGUGCCUAUGGUCAACCCAUUCUUUAGUACUUUUCAAUAUAGGCACUAGGGUAAUUUGUUUUCUCUGUGAUUCUGUGCCUCAACACAGUCCACUUAGGAGUCCUUUUGAAACUGUACAUUCUUCCUUGGUAUCCUGCUGAAAACUGACUGGACUGCAUUCUCAUCUGGUCACCUGUGUAUAGAAUGAAGGAAGUGCAGAAGUGUGGCACCUUGCUGUACCUGGCCCAGUAGUCCUUAUUUUCUGCUAAUAGAUUUAUCUUUUUCCCCUUCCAGUUAAUCUCAGUUCAGGUCCAGCUGAUUCUUCAGAUAGUAGUUAUGUGGGUACUGAGCAUGCUAAUACUGGUCUUGUCCUCAUGAACCUCAAGCUCUUAACUUUUUCCUGAAAUGUCCGAGAAGACUUCAAAUGAUAUUUAAUGCCUACUAGCAAAUUUGAGCAGAAUAGACAAUUUGCAUCUACAGACUUGUACUUUACAUAUUAGUGUAUUUAUUAACCAAUCCCCUCUUAAAUGUUUCUUUGGAGUUUCAUGAUCAACCUUGGUUUUCUCCUCUUCCCGAUCUAAAAAUGCUUCAAGAUAAAAAACAAACAACCCCAUAAAAAACAUAAGUAUCCCCCCCCCCACACACACACACCUCUGGACUCUUCAUACAGAAAGGAGGUACUUGUGUACUCAGAAUACUUUUAAAUAAAAACUGAGAUGUUGCCUAUAA